UCAGACAGUUCAAAAUUAGCCCAGUAUGUGCGCUCAAAUCGAGGUACCGAUCUCGUUUACCAUGAAGGAAACACCUACACACCCAAUGAAAAGUUGAGGGAAGGUCAAAAAAGUCGGGACUGGAAGUGUUCCAUGUAUCACAAGGCCAAGUGUCGAGCUCGCCUCGUUACCCGUAUCACAAGCUGCGGGGAUAUUAUCCACGUGACCAGCAACAUGCACACGCAUCCCACAAUGUACACCGCGCAGAAAGCGGACACUCGCUCCGAUGUUCAGAAACUUAGUCUUGAGAGAAAUCCGCUCUGCGUUAACACCCGAUCGAAUAAAACCGAGACCAAGUAAAGUCUGCCGACUGACUAGAAUUAACCUGAAUGAUAUGAGCAGAUCUCUGUACUACUAUCUUUAUCUUUUAGGUACAGUACAAAGUGUUAAAUCAUAUUUACCAUAAGCUAGUUUUAAAACAUACAUGCUAUUGUAUAAAAAACAAUUUUGAGGCAUUAGAGAGUGUACGACCGAGAUUGUAAUUUGUGUUAUUAGUAGUUGUUUAGACGGAAAAGUUAAGAGUACAAGAAAAUAAUUGUAAGUUAGUAAAGAUUUUCCUAUAACGA